AUGGCUGUGGCAGACCUUAUUGACAUUAAGCAGUUGAAUGAACUGCGGAGGACCAACCCUACGAAGGCCAAAAAUCUCAUAAAAAAGAUAAAAAAGAAAAAUGCCAAGAAGGAAAAGAGGGACAAGACGGACAGGAAGAUCGACACAGCUGGUGCUGCAAACAGAAACGAUGCAAGCAGCUACCGGCACGAACCCUACGUGGAGUACGUGGAGGAAGAUAUCGAGGAAGAAAUUUUUAAAAACUUCCAAGAUGUGUACAAAAGGUUUAAAGGUAGUACGGAUGACCAGGAGGAAUACGAACAGCAGAAGGAAGAUGAAAAAAAAAUAAGUCUGUAUGAUAGCAACUCGGAAGACGACAGUGAUAAUGAUGACAAUAGUGAUGACUCCGAUGAAGAGGAAGAAAGUGGGGGAAAGGCAAAAAAAAAAGAACCCAUUUCGAAGAAAGCCUUAAAAUUGUUAAGUAGACCAUCCGUUGUGGAAUUAAAAGAAUUUGCAAAAAAACCAGAGCUAGUCGAAAUAUGGGACACGACAGCAAGUGACCCAUUUUUCUUUGUCUGGUUAAAAUGUUUAAAAGAUUCUGUGCCUGUGCCACAGCAGUGGUGCCAGAAAAGGAAAUAUAUGCACGGAAAAAGAGGCAUAGAAAAAAUACCAUACAAAUUACCUCCCUACAUUGAAGAUACGAAAAUUAGCGAAAUUAGGCAAGCCAUAAAAGAAAAAGAAGAACAAAAGUCAUUAAAGCAAAAAAUGCGUGAUAGAGUCAGACCCAAACUGCACACAAUGGAUAUAGAUUACCAAACGCUUCAUGAUGCUUUUUUCAAAUAUGCAACAAAACCGAAAUUAGUAAAAUUUGCAGAUGUGUACUAUGAAGGGAAAGAAUUUGAAUUAAAAACGAAGAAAUUUCGCCCAGGAGUUAUUUCAGAAAAACUGAGAAAUGCUCUAAACAUAGAUCCAUCUGAACCUUUGCCUUGGUUAUUUAAUAUGCAGAAAUAUGGAUUACCUCCCUCUUUUCCUUAUUUAAAUAUCCCCGGAUUGAAUGACCUUACGUCGGAAAACUCUGCAGGGGGGAAGGCUACCCCUGGAAACACAUCAGGUUUACAUCCACAGAGUGGCAUGAAUAAACCACAGGAGGAUGGAACAAAAGCGAAAUACGAAAAUGUGGAUGAAUCGGGAAAUAUCAUAUAUGGGAAUUUCAUAUCCCAACAUACAAGUGAGAACAGCAGUAAGUACCCGGAUGACUUUCUCUGGGGGGAGAUUGAUGAAAAUUACGUAAACUCCGACGAGGAGGAGGAUGACGAAGAAGAAGUUGACGAUGAGGAGGAAGAGGGAACAGAUGAAAAGAAGAAGAAAAAAAAGAAAGGACUGUCAAAAGAACAAACAGAAAAAAUGGAUGGACUCGAUUCGGAAAAUGCAAACCUAAACUUGAGUGAAGAUAUGAUGAAAGGAAAUUACAACAGUGGACUGUACAGUGUUGCCACGAAUACGAAAAUAAACGGGUCAUAUACUCCCUUCAUGGAAAGUGGAGUAACGUCUGUAGAUCUAACUUCCUUCAUUUCUGGAUAUGAGACACCCAAAUAUGUUUACAAUAAUAGUUACAUGAAUCCGGCACAUAUCAAGCCAUACACAGUGCUGCAAAAGGAGGAAGUACCCAUGUCACAAAAUCAUUUGUUUGCCUCAAAUGUGAAGUAUAAAAUAAAUCCCGCAGUUUCCAUUAUGAGUAAGUCGUCGAACGUUUCCGAGGUAGGGGGAGGAGGGAUCACCCCUUUCAGCGGAGUCUCCAUGUCAACACCUUAUGCUGCAAGUGAGACGGGAAAGAAACUCCAAAUUAACCCUCCACAGACAAAUAUAGAAGAUAUAAAGAAGGAGCUCAGCAAACAUGAGGAGUUGUCCAAUAAGGCCAAGCUCGUAUCGGCACAGGUCGACCCACCCAAGAAGGGAAAAAAGGAGGAGAAGAAAAAGAAGAAGAAAAAGUACUUCAAAUUUUGA